AAGUCGCGCGUGGUGAACUAGAGGAACGGGCCGGACAUCACACGAUAAGAUUUGCAGAAAAAUCAUGGCUGGGCGCAGCAUUCCAGAGCUCCUUUUGGACUCCUCGAGCGGCAAGAGCAUUCCACUUCUGGGCUUCGGCACGGCCGAAUACCCUUUUGGCGCCUCCUCUGAAACCAUGAGAGAAACCUUCCUUCAUGCCAUCAGACUGGGAUACCGCCACUUUGAUACGGCUUCUCUUUACCAGUCCGAGCAGUAUCUUCGGGAAGCCAUUGACGAUGCCCUGCGCCUUGGCUUAAUCAGAGGCAGAGACGAACUCUUCAUCACUUCCAAGCUCUGGUGCAGCGAUGCACACUACGACUGUGUCCUCCCUGCACUGCAGAAAACACUCGACAAUCUAAAUUUGGAGUACAUAGAUCUUUAUCUUAUUCAUUGGCCCGUAAGCUUGAAGCCAGGGGAAAAGGAACUGCCUGUUAAAAAGGAGGACCUCCUUCCUAUAGAUCUCAAAUCUGUAUGGGAAGCUAUGGAAAACUGUCAAAAGCUUGGUUUGGCUAAAUCCAUCGGUGUAAGCAACUUCUCCAUAAAGAAGCUUCAAACCCUACUUGCCACAGCAAGGAUCCCUCCAGCCGUCAAUCAAGUGGAGAUGAACCCGCUUUGGCAACAGAGAAGCCUGAGAGAGUUUUGUGAGGACAAGGGUAUACAUGUGACGGCGUACUCUCCCUUGGGAGCCAAAGGAACACUUUGGGGAACAAACUGGGUAAUGGAAUGUGAGGUGCUAAAAGAGAUUGCUUAUGCUAGAGGAAAAUCGGUUGCCCAGAUUUCAUUAAAAUGGGUAUAUGAGCAAGGAGUUAGUGUGCUUGUGAAAAGCUUCAACAAGGAGAGAAUAAAAGAAAACCUAGACAUAUUUGACUGGAAACUAAGCCCAGAGGAGUUACAGAAGAUAAGCCAUAUUCCACAACGAAAAGGAUUCCCUGGAAUUGAAUUUAUCUCUGAUGAAGGCCCUUACAAGACUCUUUCAGAGCUUUGGGAUGGCGAGAUUUAUUAAUUUAGCGUGCAUUUGGCGAGAAAGAACUUCACAUUAUCGAUCGCACUUUCUUAAUAAAUUAUGAUCGAUUAUUUACUAUAUAUGGAAUAUUUAUCAUGCUCUGAUCUUAUCUCUCUCUCUCUUUUCUUGUU